UCACCAUUCACCAAUCCGUCACACAAUUAAUUUCAUUAAAUUUAAACUUCAUAUAUAUGAUAGCCUGAGCCUACGAUCAGCUUCGUUUGUCAACGAUGGAGACCUGGUUCAUAAUAAUCGUCUCCCUCUUCAUCGCAGCCAUCAUCCGAUCCACACUAUUCCGCCGGAGACACCACAACAAACUACCACCAGGACCAUCACUCCUUCACUCCACCUUCCUACAGCUAACCUCCAAGCCCCUAUUCAUUAAUCUCAGAACCCGGUACGGACCCAUCUUCACUCUUUACACCGGUUUGGUACCCGUACCUUCCAUCUUCAUCAGCAACCGUUCUCUCGCCCAUGAAGUUCUUGUUACACAAGGUGCAGUCUCCUCCGACCGCCCAAAGUUCUUCCUAAACUUCAACAUUGGCACUUCAUCUUACGGCCCUACUUGGCGGCUCCUCAGGCGAAAUCUCGCAACUGAGAUCAUGCACCCUACCCGCAUCAAAUCAUAUUCAUGGGCUCGCAAGUGGGCUUUUCAUAUCUUAAUUAGUCGUCUGUUAGAAGAACAGGAUGAUGCUGCAGGAGUUGAAGUGUUUGAUCAUCUUUAUUACGUUUUAUUCCGCUUGUCGGUGGUGAUGUGCUUUGGAGACAAGUUUGAUGAGAGUCGAGUUAAUGAGUUCAUUAAUGUACAACGUGAGAUCGUGUCGUUAGUUGUUUCAGGUAAGCUCAGUUGGUUCCCAGGGAGGUUGGGGAGGAUAUUGUUUCGGAACUUGUGGAAAGAGUUCGAUAAAUUGCGUGACGAUAGAGAACAAAUGUUGCUUCCGAUUAUCAAGUCUAGACUUGAGUCGGAUUGCUUGGAUGAGCAUGGAGUCGUGGCUUAUGUUGACACUUUGGCGAAUCUACACCUUCCUAAAGAUGAAGUUGAUAAUAGAGAGGGUGGAAAGCUCACUGACAAGGAGAUGGUUAACUUGACUAGUGAGUUUGUUACCGGUGGGACAGACUCAACCGCGAGUGCUCUACUAUGGAUCAUGGCUAAUCUAGUGAAGCAUCCUCACAUUCAGAGCAAGCUCUAUGAUGAGAUCGUUGCAGUCGUGGGACAACCACCUCGACCGCCACAAAAAGGGGUGGAGGUGGAGCCAGAAUCGGUUAUAAACGAAGAGGAUCUACAGAAAAUGCGGUACCUGAAAGCAGUGGUUUUGGAAGCACUGAGGAGACACCCACCGGUUCAUUUUCCGCUACCCCAUAGGGUAAGGAAGGAGGUGGAAGUGGAAGGUUACACGAUCCCCGAGGGUGCCACGGUCAUUUGCACGGUGCCUGAGAUGAGCUGGGACCCCAAGGUCUGGGAUGAACCCAUGGAGUUUAAGCCAGAGAGGUUCUUGGUGAAUGACGAUGUGUUUGAUAUAAGUGGAAGCAAAGAGAUCAAAAUGAUGCCUUUUGGUGCUGGAAGAAGGAUAUGUCCUGGUUCGAGUUUGGCUUUUCUUCAUUUGGAGUAUUUUGUGGCGAAUUUGAUUUGGUAUUUCCAUUGGACGGUUCCUGAUGGUUAUAGUGUUGACCUUUCGGAGAAUGAUGAGCAGGCUGUCGUUAUGAAAAAUCCUCUGAGAGCACGAAUCUCUUCUAGGGCUGAAAAAUGAAUUGCUUGAGUCGAUACCUACGUACCAAUUAAUAUGUUUAGUAUUGUUUACAAUAAAAUAAGAAGCCAUUGGAAUAUGCGCGGUUGAAUUACCGUCUUAAUGUACAAUUAGGCAUGUCUUUCUAUUUUGCUCCUUGAUCUUAUUCAUUAAAGGUGUUUUCAUGUUAUUAAAGGGA